AUGGGUUAUGAAGCCCUCAGCUUUCUGGAUGAUAGUGAGUAUCUCCAGAUCCAGCUCCAGUUCCUUGACCUGGUCUGCAAGGAACUGCACCUGGCUAGACUUCCCAUAGAUGUCAUUGUCGGGGAGACAGUUGCAUUUACACUUGGGAAUACAUCCAAUGAUGCUGAAGGUGCAAAGUCCAUUGCCUCUAAAAGUACACAAAAGCAUAUGUUAAUCAAGAGCAACAGAAUGUCUGCCCUCAGCCAGUGGGUCAUGCAUGCAGGGAACUCCACAAUUCUGCGCUUCCCACUCUCCUCACCAGUCUCUUACUCCAAGCAGAAUAUUUGGGCUUGGCUGGGAAAUAUUUCUGAUCAACAUGAAGACCCCAAUUCCAGAGUCAAGAGGAGACCAAUUGUUAAAACUGGGAAAUUUAAGAAAAUGUUUGGAUGGGGUGAUUUUUAUUCAAACAUCAAAACUGUGAAGUUAAACCUCCUCAUCACAGGAAAAAUCGUAGACCAUGGAAAUGGUACAUUUAGUGUGUAUUUCCGCCAUAAUUCUACUGGCCAGGGAAACAUAUCAGUUAGCCUUGUGCCACCCACAAAAGCUGUCGAAUUUGACCUGGCUCAACAAACAGCGAUUGAUGCCAAAGAUUCUAAAAUAUUUAACUGCCGCAUUGAAUAUGAAAAGAUUGACAGAGCAAAGAAGACUGCACUGUGUAAUUAUGACCCAUCCAAAACCUGCUACCAGGAACAGACCCAAAGCCACGUGUCCUGGAUUUGUUCCAAGCCCUUUAAAGUCAUAUGCAUCUAUAUUUCAUUUUACAGCAUGGAUUACAGGCUGGUACAGAAAGUGUGUCCUGACUAUAAUUACCACAGUGACACUCCCUACUUUCCCUCUGGUUGA